AUGGCUCCUUCAGGACCAAAUCCCUUCGGGCUUUAUAAACUGGUGGCGGUAGCGGUGGUGACUCUCUGCAGUGACUGGAGUUACGCCUCGUCGAGCUAUUCGAAAUGGCAGUUGCUCAACAAAACGACCUCGGUCAAGCCAGAUGAAGCAGCAUGCGCAGCUAUCCAGGCCAACUACACGUCGGCGAAUUACCGCGCCAAUCUCCCCAAUGCAUGGAUGAACAAUCAGGACGAGAUGUGUUCGUCUGUUCCCUUAAAUCAGUGUCUGCUGGAUAAUACCAAACCUACCGAUCCCCUUGCUUUUGCGAAUGGAGCUGUAUGCAACCAGGGAAUGAUUCCGCCCGUAUAUCUGGAAGUCCGCAGUCCCGAGGAUGUUAUUGCUGCGUUCGAGUUCGCCAAUUGCACGGGAACGAAAAUUGCGAUCAAAAAUAGUGGACAUGAUUAUCUGACUCGCAGCAGUGGAGUGGACCGCCUAUUGCUAUGGAUGCGUAGCAUGCAACAGCUCAGCUACAACAACGCAUUUGUUCCCGAAGGGUGUCCUGCAAGUGAGACCAACAAUGCCAUUACCGCUGGCGCUGGCGUGAACAUGGACCAGGCAUUCGCAUUUGCCGAACAACAUGACAUGACAUUUAUCGGCGCAUACGCUGCGACCGUCGGUGUAUCCGGCGGAUGGGUGCAAGCAGGCGGUCAUUCCGUAUUGUCCCCUGUCUACGGCCUUGGGAUUGAUCGCGUACUCGAAUUCAAAAUCGUCACGCCAGAUGGUGUUUACCGCACAGCUAAUGCAUGUCAGAACCAGGAUCUCUUCUGGGCCCUCCGCGGAGGCGGCGGUGGUAGCUUCGGCGUCGUGCUUGAAACUAGCCAUCGCGUUGAGCCUUUGAUACCGCUAGUCGUGGCAGCCAUCACCAUCCCAGCUACGGCGACGACUUUCACGCCUUGGUUCGAGAUCAUGGUCAACAAUUCCCUGACGUGGAGUCAGCAAGGCUGGGGUGGUCACAUUACCCCGAGCAGCCUCAUCGACGUCAACCCGCUGCUGACUUUGGACGAGGCAAAGGAAUCCAUGGCACCUGCUGUAGCUUUUGCCGAGGCGAACAACGGCUCUGUCGUCUUCGAGGAGUACCCAUCUUACUAUCCUUUCUAUCUGAAAUACGUCGGCGCCAAUGAGCUCGGUGUCGGCAAUGUUCAUAUUGCAGGAAGCCGCUUAAUCCCACAAUCACUAUUUGAGACCGAGACCGGCCGCUCGCAGUUGAUGCAGUACAUACAGGCAAUCCACGCUCAAGGAUCGAGCCCAUACAUUCCAGUUGUCGGCCCAGUAUUAUACAAUUACACGACCAACUCGACUUCCGCAACUCCCGCUUGGCGAGAGGCGCUUUGGGAGUUAGGUGCAGGUGCUUCAUGGGCAUGGAAUAGUACUCUAUCCCAACGACAGGCAGCAGUAGCCAAGUUGAACAAUUUGACGAGUCUUGUCGAACAGCUCACACCAGGUGGAGGGGCCUAUCAGAAUGAAGCAAGUCCAUUCACCGGUGAUUGGCAAGAGGCCUGGUGGGGAGCAGAGAACUAUGCCUCAUUGUUGGCGAUCAAGAAUAAAUAUGAUCCGAAGGGGUUGUUGAGUUGUUACAAGUGCGUUGGUUGGAGUGCGGCAGAUGAGACCAAUUCUUGUUUCGCGGCCUUUGCUGAUAGCCAGUGAUGCGCAUUUCCAUAUCAUGUCUCCAAUCGCUAGAAGUCAUAGUAUAUAUGGAGCGAGAGCUGCGGUAUCUCAUGUAUAUAGGUACAUAGAAAUAACAUAUUGCAUCCCUAG